GUCAUUGUUCCUAUUUUAGUGUCUGACAAUAACUUUUUAAGAUUGUUUAAAACAUUAGAGACUACCAAGAACUCAGAGAUGAGUGAUUCAAAUAUCAAAGUGAUUAAGAGUAUUAAAAUUAUUUUAUUUAACAGUAUUAUAAAAAGAUACCCUAAAUAUAUUUACAGUAUUAAUGUUGAGGAUGAUACUGAAAAGGAUAAACAAAAUCUUGUUAACUUUAUUACGACUUUAAAUCAAAAACAAAAGUUAACAAAAAGCUUUGAAUAUAUAUUAGAGAUUCUCAAUCAAGGAACAAAUCAGGAAAAAUUAUUAUGGAAUAGUAGGAUUGAAUCUGAUAUUCUUUAUUUAUAUCUUCGUGAAUUAAACUGUGAAUCAAAAAUAAGAUUAGAAGCUUAUAAAUGUUUUGAACAAAUGAAUUCCAAAAUUUCUCUUGCUGUGGCUAUAAUUUAUUUAAAUUUUCUUUUAUCAAUCAGUUUAUGUAGUUUGUUUGAUAAUAUCAGCAUUCCUAAAAUUGCUUUAGAGUAUUUCAAACAAUUUCAACUUCCUCCAGUUUCAAAAUCCAAAUCAAUAUCUUCAGUUAAAACAGAAGAAGCUUCAACUUCUGUUCACAAUUUACAAAUGUGUAUCAUAUAUUGUUUAAAAUUAUUAAGACUGAUUUUAGAAGAAGAAGUAAAGUCUCUAGCAUUUAUUGAUAUCUACACUCCACAUUCAAUUCAUGACAAAAUUGUUUUCCAAUUGUUAGAACUUGCAAUUCCUUCAUUAUUUGUAACAUUGAUUUUUGUUGAGAGAAAUUCAGAAGGUGGUCCUAUUAAUACUAUUUGUCUUUACUUAGUUAAUGAGUUGUUUAAGACAUUAGUCAAUAUUGAAGUUAAGGGACUUGAAAAUUCUUUGAAUUGGGUAUCGAUCAUUAAUUUUGCCAACGAUACUUGUUACUCUGAUCUUAGAUACGCACCUUUGUUCCAUAAGCUUUUAGGGUAUCUUGCAUAUCACAAUAAGAAAAAAAUUGAAGAUCCUUUAGUUCAAAGUGCAUUACAAUUCUUUUAUUCUGCUUUUGGACCAGGAAAUUCUAGUUAUGAGGCAUGGAUUAAUGGAGAACAAGAUAUCACUAUGUUUAGCAAUGAAGAGUUAGAUUUUGAUAUUUUUACUUAUGAUUACGAGUACUUGUAUCAAACGGAUUCUUCGAGUAGAUCAAAUAAUUUAGAUCAUUCCAGUUCAGAUAUGUCAAUGUCUCAGUCAGAUAAGUUAGGUAUGACAUCGACACCUCAAAAACAGAAUUAUGUUACCAACUCUGCUAGACAGCAGAGUAUACAUGUAGAUCAAUUUGGGAAGCCAUAGUUAAUCUAUACAGUGAAACUUCUCCUACUAAAUUACAUAUAUAUAUAUAAUAUUCUUCUAUUUUGCUUAUUAUUCUUAGCUACUUCUUACUGCUACUUCUUACUGUUAUUUACUGUUUAUA